GCCCGCGCAGAGAGACGCCUCAUACGACCCUCUAUGAUGUUAUCGCAUGUGUCAAAUCGCGCUGUUUUGUCUGCAUUUAUCGUAAACAAAUCAUAGCCAAUUGACAGAAACAUUAAUUGUUCAAUGAAAUAGACCUCCUGACGGUCGUUAACUAACAUGUCUUGUUUUUAUCUUCAUAAAAGAAUCUAUGCGACCGGCCGCAUUGAAUUGUUGAAGUUGCAAUAAUAAGGUUGUAAUAUUUAGAAGGUGUUUUUUCGGAGUUCUGGGUAUUAGUGAAAGGAGCAUUAAAAGAUUGUGGUGUUUGAGUGUUGGUUCGGUGGCUAACUGUGUUGUGACCAUAAGUGGAACGUCUGAAUGUGCAUCAUGUACUUGUGUUACAAGUACAGCACUCGGCAAGUCUCGCAGACUAUGCUCAAUGACUGCUGUUAACGAAGCAUCCAAGUCAAGGCGUUUUGCUUCGUUUGAUUGCUCGUUCAUGACUUCGUCAUUUUAAAGUACUCACUAGGAUGCCGGCGCUGCGGCUCCUGGGGCGCAAGUGGCUGGCAGCCUCCGACGACCUCGUGUUCCCCAGUAUCUUCGAGCUGCUCUUCAGAUUCGUUUGGCUGGUGCUAAUAGCGUUGGUGGUAGAAGUCUUAUUCCCUAUCACGUGGCAAUGUCAGACGGAGGGGUGGCACGGCGGGGCUUUCGUCCGGCUAUACCUGUGCGGCACCUUGGCGCUGCAGGCCGUGCUGAUGCUGCUCCUGGCAGCCCUGGCGCAGCAGUCGGCCAGGGGAACCAUCACGGAUGUCGAUAAGAGGAGAUUUGUGUCGCCGUUACUACUGCUCAAGGUGCUGCUGGUGUUGCCAGAAUUAGCCUUGAAUAUAAUGGGCACUAUGUGGAUGUUUUGUGACGUCAUAAAAUGCACCGUUAAGGAUAGUUUCUCUAGCAUAGUAAUACAAAGUAUAGUCCUUUUCAAUUGGGUGCAACUGGGGCUGACCCUGCUGGGACUGUUCAUGGUGUUCGACCCCCUGGGCUCAGUGCGGUACGGGGACAUGCAAGACACCCCCAACCAGGUCCGCCACCAUCGGAAGGUCACUGGGCUAUGGUCGAGGCGGUUCAGGUGGGCCUUCUGCUGGCUGAAGAAGGACGAGCAUGGAAAAGAGGCAUUCCAACAGGUUGCUGCAUUGCUCAGCGCGCUCUUCCGUUCGACAGACCUGGUACCAUCAGACGUGGUGGCCGGCUGUGUUCUACUCAGGGUGCGACAGAAGCGAGAGACGAGAGAAAUGCGUCGAAUACAGAUGCUGAACGACGAAGAACCCAUUUACACUACAGACGUGAACAAGAUAUUUUCAGAAACCCCUCCCUGGAUGAACUUAGAGGAUGCUUUACAUUACCUGAGACUGUCUAUAGCGGCGUACGGCUGGCCUUACGUGUUGUACCGGCAUUGUUUCACGGGAUUCUGCAAGUUGGCGCGUCAUCUUACAUGCUGCUGUUGUAGACCGAAAAACUCAAUAGUAACCGAGGACAACUGCUGCAUGUGCAAUUUCGCUGGCGUCAAAUACAUGUCCAACUUAGCCGCUGAUGACAUCAUCUUCGCUUCGUUCAACAACCGAGUUUUUGAGCUUCCCUUCUGUGUGAUAGCAGACCAUGAGCGUGAGAGCAUCGUCGUUGCUGUGCGUGGCUCUAUUUCCUUGCGAGAUAUCUUUACGGACUUCACUGCCGGGUCUGAGAGAUUUGAAGCUGAUGGUCUACCAGAAAACACAGCGGCGCAUAAAGGAAUGGCUAUGGGUGCAGCAAAGAUGCUCAAGCGACUUUUGCCAGUUCUAGAUCGCGCCUUUCAGCAAUUUUCCAACUAUGAUCUAAUAUUAACAGGUCAUAGUCUUGGUGCAGGAGUUGCUGUGUUAGUAGCGCUAAAAUUAAGGCCAAGAUAUCCACAUCUCAAAGUUUUUGCAUUCUCUACACCAGCGGGAUUAAUAAGCCGCGAGGCAGCUCGUUAUACAGAGAGCUUCGUGCUAACAGUGGGUGUUGGCGAUGACCUGGUGAUGCGACUUAGUGUUCACAGCAUCGAGAACCUUAGGACGAAGGUCAUUCAGACCAUACACGCGACUAAACUACCAAAGUACCGGAUUAUGCUUAACGGCUUCGGCUACGCGUUGUUCGGAGUGCCAGCUCGCGAUCUAGAAUCAACAUGGCGGCGGCCCGAGGAGCUGGAGGCGAACCAAUCGGACGACUCCACGGAAACGCUGCUGGUGCAGAGCGUCUCCACCGUGAGUGCUGAGGCAGCGCUAGUGUCGCGCAACGUGUUCGUGCGCAGGUUCUCCUCGGCGCGGCUGUUCACGGCGGGUCGUAUCCUGCACAUCGUUCGUCGCAAGCGCAUGGGCAUAGAAAAGAAAGUACGAACGCAAGAGCCAACGUUUGAAAUGCGAUGGGCUUGUCCCGAGGACUUCAUGGAACUGCAAGUUAUGCCAAGAAUGCUACUCGACCAUCUUCCGGAAAACGUUCAUCGGACCAUACAGACCGUGAUAGAAGAGAAACACACGUACAGGGUUCACGUCGUGUAAAUCUUGUUGUAGAUAAAUAAAUGUGAUUCUGUGAUGUGGUAAUAAGUAUAGAAGCAUUUGCAAUAAAUAUCACAGGACGCCACGCGACACAACGUAACUCGAUACAACCAUGUUCACUAUGAUGAAAAUCAGGUCGCAGAUUUGCACUUAGUACAAAAUUCACGACCACAUUUCGGAUGUGUCAUACCUAUUCGCAACCACGCUGCGUUAUAUUGCAAAUGCAUUCUGAACAUAUGUUGGACUGCUAAACGUAACAUAAUAUGGACAUUAAUUGUUACGAGUGUUUGGGAUCAAGAAAAGUGGUGAUAAAACUGGUUUAAAAAAUAAUACUGAUAAUUGACCUCUGUGUUUUGUGAAUAAAAAUCGGAACAAUCAUUUUUCUACAUUAGUAGUUGUUCCCACGUGACCACGUGUUCUUGCCUUGUCUGAAGAUACCUUACAUGAUGGAUUUAAAAAUAAUUUGGAAGAUAAUUAUUUCGACACCUUAAAUUAUAGAAAUUAUAAUCCUGUGUACUUAAAAUAUUACUCUUAUUGCAUUAGCAAGGCAAGAAACAUUCCUUCUUGGCCUAAGUAGUAUAUGUAGUCAAUAACAAUUUUGACCACUUUGUGAUGAUUUGUAUGAUUCAUAAAAGGCAUUUGUCCGAAAGAAAUAUUCACAGCAUUUAUUUUAUAAUAUGUUAUAGUUAAGUCAGCGAUAUGUAUGUAAAUAUAAGUAUUUUUUUAAUGUAAAACAGCUUGUGACUAAGGUGUAAAAAAAUUAUUUAAAAUGUAAGUAUGCUUAAAAGCAUAUUAUUGAUUUUUUUCAAAGGAAUUUAUUUAUGUUAGGUAUUUGCUUUUAGAAUAUUAUCGUUACUAGCUGUAGCAAUAUAGAUUUUGUUUCAUUAUUUGCAAUAAAAAUUGUUUUUUUUUAUUCAUGACAUUGCCACUGCAUUGUUUCAAUUAGCAAUCUAGUUACCUAUUUGACUGUAUAUAAACACUUAUUUCUUCAUUUCCAAGAAACUCGUUAUUUAACACUCUAAAAGCGGUGUCAAAUUAAAUAUGUAAGAAAUUUAUAAUAAGAAAUGUGAGAAGACUGUGAUGAUGUUAGAAUGAAUAUUAAGUGAAAAUGUUAUGGAUAACUUGAAGGAAUAACGUAUUGAUUAAAUUAUUGAACUAAUGUGAAAGAUUUAUCUUAAACAGAAUAAACUAAAAUAUUACCUGGCCCAAUAAAAUCUCAAUAAUUUUAAUAUUCAUAUAAAUGAGUCGUAGACUCGAAGAGGCUAAUAUUAAUCUUUUCCGAAAUCAUUUUGUAGCUUAAAUUUUUUCAGCACUACUAAAAUUAUGGACGAAACUAUUUCAAUUAUUUGAAUUUAGUAAAAAAAAACUUACCUUCCAUUUUUCUUUAAAAAAAAAAUUGAACAUAUCAAAUAUGUUAAUUCGUUAAAUAAAAAAAAUUAUGUAUCUAGUAUUACACGAUUAAGGCACUUUACUAAAUCCACGAUAGUGCACGCAUACCUAAUGAUAAAAGAUAUCUAACUGUUUAUUUGAUAUAAUAUUGUUUUAUUUGGUUUUAUAAUAAUAAUUUUAUGAAUGAGGUCGAAAGUAUUUAUGAUUCAAUGCUCAAUGGAGGAAGCAAUUUCUUUUUAAUGUGUAAUUAAAAUCAAUCAAUCCUAUCUGUCACUAAGUACAAUAACUAGAUUAUUAAGUAGAUCAGUUGUACCAGAGUCAAUUAGAUAGGUAGAAAUAUAUGUAAAUUACUGUAGCUUAAGUUAAACAUGAUACGAACAAUUUGAAUGAAAUUAACUAGUGAUAGUUAAAAUAAAAUGUCUAUGGCUGUCAGAUAUAUACAUUCCAGAUUAUUAUACACUCAUGUAAAUUGCCAAAAAAUUAAGUUAAAGAAACAGACUUUAUGAAUUCACAGUAAGAGAUUUUAAUUGAAAAACUUUACAGUUAUUAAAAACAGGGGAUAAAAAAGGGUAGGUAUUUUUAAAUCGAAAAUAACAAUUAAGUUUUCUUUAAUAUGGCGGAUGUUUAUGUCUUCUAAUAUACCUAAUUAUAAAAUUUUAUGAAUAAAAUAAGUAAAUGUCUAUGCGGUAAAUUAGAAAUAAUUUUGAAAUACUUACCUUGGUAAACCGGGCUGAGCUUGUGAUACAAAAAGGAUCAAAACUUUUUAAAUAACUUAGUACUGACAUUACUAUUAGAUAUACUACUAUAUUUUUCUGCCUGUUUAUUCACUAAUCACCAAGUAUAGUCACAAUUUUAAUUUCUUAAUGCAGUACAAAAAUAAUAAUAACCGACAAAAUUUAGGAAUAACCUGUUAUAUUUUCUUAUUAAUUUCAGUUAUUUUUACAGAAACCAUGAAGCCACUAUCAUUAAAUUAUUUCAAAGAUUCCUUAUAGUCAGGAACAACCUGAAUCUGUUUCGAACUUUGCUACAUUAUGAUUUAAUUGUACACAAUGUAUAUCUACUAGCAAAUUGAGUAAUAUUUUAAAUAAUAAUAUACAUACCAAUAUAUUUUACAAAAAUAUGUAUACAUUACAUAUUUUUAAAUGCUCUUUUUCUUUUCUGUUAAAAUUAGCAUAUUGUAUUCGUUCGGAAAAUUAAGAAUUAGCAAAUUUUAAAGGAAAUAGUAUCGAUAUCGUAAAGCAGAACGUAUAUUUCAUUUUUAUUUAUGUUAUGUAUAGAGAGGAAAUUCCUUUACUUAUAACACAAAGUGUCAACUUAAUUACCAAGUUUAUACCAAAAAAAUAUUUUUUAGAAGUCCCUGAAUCAUUACAUAUACCUGUGUUAAUCUCAACCCCACAAUAAUAAAUAUUCUACAAACCUAUUGAAAGAAGCAAGUUUCUUAUCAAUUUGUUUGAAAUAUAUAAUAUUAUCUAUACCACAAUAUAGGAUGUUGUUAUUUUUCUUUUAUAUUUAUAUGUGAGAUGCGGAUGCUAUUUAUACCUUAUUUGACUUUUGUUAUUUUUAUACAGAUUUAUAGUUCUUGUGGCCACGAAUCUCAAUUUUUGAUAUUGGUCCAAGAGGAUUACCUCAAUGUAUUGGCAACACCUGUGCUGUAAUUGUAAACAAUAUUUAGAAAAUAUCUACUUAAAUAGUUACCUACGUUAUUCUUGUUGACCAAUUCUUAAGUUAAAAGGAAGUAAAUAUAUACUUAUGAAAACCUACCAACCUACCAAAUUAAUCGUGUUAAAAUAUAACACAAAGAUAUUACAAAAUUAUUUGAGAUUUUAAUAUUAUAUUUUACUUCGGACACACUUGAUUGAUGUAUUUGACCUAUUAUUUCAAUUUAAAAUGGGAUAAAUAAGAAGUACCUAUAUUAAGCACUGUGAAAAUACAACCGACAACUAUAUUUAAAAACACAUAAUUAUAACUCGAUAUUGAAACACAUACAUAUAUUAUUUAAUAAUUAGUAAAGAAAAUAAUACCUUUUCAAUUUCAAUCAACGUCUCAGGAACUAUCGCCAACCCUAUUUAUUUUAACAUUAUCAUUAUGAGUUUGUUCAUUUCAUAAGGGAACAUAAAUCAGUCAAUAAUGAUUAUCAAUGUAAUCUAAAUUGAAAAUGUAAUUAUAAGCUUUAAAAUGAUUUGGACGAUAUCAUCAAGCGGUAUUGAAACCAUACGAAUCGUAAUAAUAAAAACCAAAUUUUAUGGUUGAACCCCAUUGAUUGGUUGUACUUACACUUGCUAGAAUUGGUUAUUAUAUUAUUCAUAUUAAAUUAAUUUAUGUGGACUAUAAACAUUCAAUUUGAUUACACAAACUUUCAUGCUUUUUCAUAAUUAAUACAUUAGCAUAAAUAGUAAAUUAUAAUUUGUCGUGCUUUUACUAAGCCCCAUCCAAAAAAAUCAAUUCUUGAACCCUGAACCAUGUAAACUACUUACAAAUCAUUUACUAAUAAUAUUAUUAAGAUUAUUUUUAUGAUGCAGUUUCAAAUUUUAUAUUUGUUUGUAUAUUCAAGUAUUAGAAGAACUGAGGUUCUUUUCACUUGUACCCUAAAUUAGGGCUUUAUAAUCUCUUUCACUAUGUAGUUUAAUAGGGAUAGCCAAUGUUUUGUGUUGGG